AUGGCUGUCACUGGUGUUUUGCCUUUCGUUCGAGGCAUCGACUUUUCCGAUAAUGAUUUCCAGGAAGAUUAUUUUCCAAAAGCUGUGUCUGAAAUGACUGGACUAAGAUGGCUGAAAUUAAAUAAAACAAACAUUGACUGGAUUCCAGAUGAGUUGGGCAAUUUACAAAAACUUGAAGCAUUGUCACUAGUUCGCAACAAUUUGGUCACUAUCCAUGGAGAAGUUCCUGCUUUGCCUUGCCUUAGAUAUGUAAAUUGUCGUUACAACAAAUUGAAGAAUUCUGGAAUACCAUCAGACCUGUUUGAGCUUGAGGAUUUAGCAGUUGUGGAUUUCAGUCAUAAUUCAUUAACAGAAGUGCCUCGUGAUUUAGAACAUGCCAAAAGUCUUCUUGUGUUGAAUUUAAGUUUUAACUUAAUUGAAAGUAUUCCUAAUCAUCUAUUUGUAAAUCUCACAGACAUAUUGCAUCUAGAUUUAAGUAACAACAAAUUAGAAUCCUUGCCUCCACAAAUGCGAAGAUUAACUAAUUUGCAAACUCUAAAUUUAAAUGAUAAUCCCUUAGGUCAUAAUCAAUUAAGGCAAUUACCAGCUCUCACUGCACUUCAAUCUUUGUACAUGUCUAACACGCAAAGAAGUUUAUCAAACAUGCCUUCAUCAUUAGAUGGUUUGACAAACCUACAGGAUGUUGAUUUAUCUCAUAAUAGUUUACCACGUGUUCCAGAUGCUUUGUAUACUCUUCCAAAUUUGAAACGUUUAAAUCUUAGUGAGAAUUGUAUCAUUGAUAUAUCAUCAGAUGUUGGAGAUCUCUGGAAAAAUCUUGAGACUCUAAAUUUGUCCAGAAAUAAGCUAAAAGCAUUACCAGCUACCAUUUGUAAACUCUCAAAGCUAAGAAGACUGUAUGUAAAUGACAACCAAUUUGAUUUUGAUGGCAUUCCUUCAGGAAUUGGAAAAUUGUAUAGUUUAGAAGUUUUUAUGGCAUCAAAUAAUAAUUUAGAAAUGAUACCUGAAGGAGUUGUAAGAUGUGGUAGACUUAAGAAAUUAGUUCUGGCCAAUAAUCGUCUAAUCACUCUUCCGGAAGCCAUUCACCUUUUAACUGAUUUGGAAGUUCUUGAUUUGCAUGGAAAUCCUGAUUUAAUCAUGCCUCCUAAACCUUCUGAAUUACAGCUGGGUAGUGGCUCUGAAUAUUAUAACAUUGAUUUCUCCCUCAAUACUCAGCUGAGACUUGCUGGUGCAACUGCAAAUAAUCCAGUGGCAGCACCAGCACAUAGUAAAGAUCCUAUUGCUCGUAAACAACGUCUGAGAAGAAAAAAAGAAGAUGAAGUUGACAGUGAACAGGCAAAAGUUUUGAAAGGAAUGAGUGAUUUAGCUAAAGACAAAAAUAAGGAUGUUGCACUGGAUGACAAGAAUGUUUCUUUAAAACCUAAAAGGUGGGAUGAAGCUCUAGAGAAGCCGCCAUUGGAUUAUAGUGACUUUUUUGAUGAUGAAGUGGGACAAAUACCAGGUUUAUCUUGUUGGGAAAUUGAAAAUUUCUUACCAAAUCAAGUUGAUGAAGCUCUAAUUGGAAAGUUUUAUGAAGGUGACUGCUAUAUUAUUCUUAAAACUUCCUUAGAUGAAAAUCAAAGCUUAGAUUGGCAAAUAUUUUAUUGGAUCGGUUCUCAAACUACUUUGGAUAAAAAGGCUUGUGCUGCUAUUCAUGCUGUAAAUUUAAGAAAUUUCUUGGGAGCACAAUGCCGAACUAUUAGGGAAGAGCAGGGUGAUGAAAGUGAUGAGUUCCUGGAUCUAUUUGAGACAGAAAUUGUUUAUAUUGAAGGUGGGCGUACCUCUAGUGGAUUUUUCACCAUUGAAGAAGUUGAAUAUGUAUCAAGACUAUACAGAUUAGAAACAAAUAACAGAAUUUUACAUAUUGAAUCGUUUCCUGUGGAGUACAAUUCUUUGGACCCAAGAUAUGUUUUUGUUUUAGAUGCUGGAAAGAAAAUAUUUAUUUGGAAUGGAAAAAAAUCAAAAAAUACUGUCCAAUCAAAAGCAAGAUUACUUGCAGAAAAGAUGAAUAAAAAUGAACGGAAAAAUCUCUCUGAAAUAAUUACUAUGAUCCAGGGACAAGAACAGUCUGAUUACCUAAAACUGCUUGGCAUUGAUGAUACAUCAGCUAUUGAACCACCGUCUGAAGAUUCCAUUGAUACAUUUGUUUUAGUACGUCCUAUCUUGUAUCAAGUUGGACUUGGUAUGGGAUAUUUGGAACUACCCCAAGUUGAAAUUAAGCAAAAAAAGCUUGAGAAAAGUCUAUUGGAUACAAAGAAUGUGUACAUUUUGGAUUGUUCAACUGAUGUUUUUGUCUGGCUUGGUCAAAAGUCCACUCGUCUAGUUAGGGCUGCUGCUCUGAAACUGUCCCAAGAACUUUGCAGCAUGAUUAAAAGGCCAAAACAUGCCAUUGUGCACAGAGUCUUAGAAGGAACGGAACCUCAAAUAUUCAAGUCAAAGUUUUAUGGAUGGGAUGAUGUAAUAGCUGUUGAUUUUACCAGAACAGCACAAUCUGUGGCUAGAACAGGGGCAGAUUUAAAAAAAUGGAUGAGUAAGCAAGAAAUGAAAGCUGAUCUCUCUGCUUUGUUUAUGAAGAGACAACCUGCAAUGAGCAAAGAAGAAGCUAAAACAUUGAUGGAAGAAUGGAAUGAAGAUCUUGAAGCAAUGGAAUCAUUUGUACUUGAAGGAAAAAAAUUUGUUAGACUUCCAGAAGAAGAAAUUGGUCACUUUUAUAGUGAAGACUGUUAUGUGUUCCUGUGUCGAUAUUGGGUUCCAUUGGAAGUUCCAGAAAAUGAAGAAGGUGCAGAGGAAGAAGUUCAAGAAGAUGGCUACCAGUGUGUUGUAUACUUCUGGCAAGGACGGGAAGCAAGUAAUAUGGGAUGGCUCACUUUUACCUUCAGCUUGCAAAAGAAAUUUGAAUCCUUAUUUGGUGACAAAUUGGAAGUAGUAAGAACAUAUCAACAACAAGAAAACUUGAAAUUUUUGUCCCAUUUUAAAAGACACUUUGUUAUUCAUCAUGGGAGAAGGAAAGAUUCAAAGAAUAGUACAGCAGUUGAAAUGUUUCACAUUCGAUCUAAUGGUAGUCCUAUAUGCACAAGGAGUAUUCAGGUGACACCUGAUGCCGGUAUACUUAACUCUGCCUUUUGCUACAUUUUGAAAGUUCCUUUUGACAAACAAAACAACUCAGGAAUUGUUUAUGUCUGGAUUGGUUCUAAGAGUGAUGAAGAUGAAGCAAAACUUGCUGAGGAUAUUGCAAAUAGUUUAUAUGAUACAGAAACACAUAGUAUUCAAGUGUUAAAUGAAGGUGAAGAACCUGAAAAUUUCUUUUGGGUUGCUCUUGGUGGAAGAAAACCAUAUGAUAAGGAUGCCGAGUUUAUGAAUCAUACACGACUAUUUCGUUGCUCGAAUGAGAAAGGUUACUUUUCAAUAUCGGAGAAGUGUUCUGACUUUUGUCAAGAUGACCUGGCUGAUGAUGACAUUAUGAUAUUAGACAAUGGAACUCAGGUUUUCAUUUGGGUCGGAGCAAAAUGCAGUGAAGUUGAAAUCAAACUUGCAUACAAAAGUGCUCAGGUAUAUGUACAAAGUUUAAGAGCAAAGCAAAAUGAACAGCCUAGGAAAUUAAUGCUCACUUUAAAAGGAAAGGAAUCAAAACGAUUCACAAAAUGCUUUCAUGGUUGGGGAAAACAUAAAACUGUUGUUGAAUAAUUUUUUUAUGGUUUUAAUUUUAUUUUAACUUAUUAAUUUUUGUAUUUGUUCAAGUUUUGUUGUUAUUUAUUACUUAGUUUUAUGUUCAAGAUUUUUAGACUUUUUUAAUGAAGCUGAUAUUUUUCCUGAUUGUUAUCUUAAAAAAUUCUUUUUAUAGCUGAUUAAGAAAUUUUUUUUGAAAAUAGCUCCAUAAAUAUUAAUAUUUUUGCAAAUUAUAUUUUCAAUAUGAAAUAAGGAUAAAUAUUUUUCAGAUGCAUCUGGUUUUUGCC